AUGGGUACUAGAAUUUACAUUGGCAAGUUAUCUCAUCAUGCUAGAGAAAGGGAUGUCGAUCGAUUCUUCAGAAGUUAUGGUAGAAUCAGAGAUAUUCAGUUGAAAAAUGGCUAUGGAUUUAUUGAAUUUGAAGAUUAUCGAGAUGCUGAUGAUGCUGUUUAUGAACUAAAUGGUAAAGAUUUAUGUGGGGAAAGGAUAUAUCUAGAAAUAGCAAGAGGAGCCAGGGGACGUGGAGAUGGUGGAUAUAGAGGGGGCGGUAGAGUCUUAAAAUCCUUAUUUGAUGCAUUCAUUCAUUAUUAUUCUCUUUGCUUUAACAGAUAUGGUCCACCAACACGUACUGAUAAUAGAAUUAUUGUGGAGAAUUUAUCGUCUCGUGUCAGCUGGCAGGAUUUGAAGGACUACAUGAGACAAGCUGGAGAAGUGACUUAUGCUGAUGCUCAUAAGAAACAUAAAAAUGAAGGUGUUGUGGAGUUUGCUUCAUAUACUGAUAUGAAGACAGCGUUAGAUAAACUAGAUGGUACUGAAAUAAAUGGUAGAAAAAUAAAGAUGAUCUAUGAUGGACCCAAGAAAAGAAGUCGAAGUCGAUCGCGAUCAAGAGGGCGCCACAGUAGAUCUCUAAGUCGCAGCAGAUCUAGAAGCCGUAGCAGGAGUCGUAGUAAAUCUAGGAGUAGAAGUGGCAGUCGAAAUGGAAAACGGGAUUCAAGAUCUAAGAGUCCCGCUCGUAAAUCUAGAUCAAGAUCAAGGUCACGUUCUGAUUCUCGUUCGAAAUCAAGAUCGCCUGCAGCAGCUGGUAGUGCAGCAAAACAUGAUGAUUAA